AUGGUGAUUAAAAGUGGUUCUAUUUCAAAUGAGAAUACUGUGAACAUCAAUGGUGUUAGUGGUGAAGAUCUCAGUUCUCCUUUGUAUAUGCAUCCUUCGGAUAAUCCAGGUGUAUCGUUUGUUCAAACUCUUUUUGAUGGAGUAGGAUAUAGAUCACGAAAACGAAAUGUUCUUAGAGUUUUGUCGGUUAAGAAUAAGUUGGGCUUUAUCAAUGGUGAUUGCAAAAGGCUUGAUCCAGGAACAUCACACUUCCGUCAAUGGGGAAGAUGUGAUGACAUGGUUCCUUCCUGGAUUCUCAGUUCUCUGUCUAAGGAAAUUGCAGAAAGUGUGAAAUAUGUUUCCGAUUCAGUUGAAUUGUGGAAGGAGUUGAAAAAUCGAUAUGAUCAAACCAAUGGUGUAAAGUUGUAUCAGGAUGAAAAACAGAGAGAAAUUAAACAUAAUGCUCAAGUGUUCAUGAAGUCUACAUCUCUGAAUGCAAGUAAUUCAAGGAAAAAGGUCAUGGAAUCUGUUGCUUUUAAUACAAAUGGUUCAGCAGGAGCAAGUACUUUUAGGUCCAUGAGGGCAAAUAAUUCUUCUACAGGCAACAAAAAUCCCAAUUUCAUAAUUAAUUAUUCUCAGACUAAUUCCUAUAUUGUCACCAGGACUCAUAUUAUAUGUGACUACUACAAGAAACCAGGGAACACUAGGGACAAAUGCUACAAGCUACAUGUCUAUCCACAGACAAACAAUCCACAAACAAACAAUUAUCAGAAUUCAAACACAUCUAAUCAUAAUGGAUACAGAGGCAACAAUCAAAAUCCCAGAUUCAACAAAGGAAAAGGUCUUAUGGAUGAUGUCCAUGGUGGUUGUUGUUCAGGAGAAGAAGGGCACAUGGGAACUCAUGCUGAUACAGAUCCCCAAUUGACAAGAGAACAGUAUGCUCAGUUUGUGGAGUUGUUACAACAGUUUCAAGCUGAAAAGGACAAUGCCUUUACUAUUGGUAAUGUGAAUUUUGCAGGCUCCUUCAAUGAAGAGGCCUCUGAUACCAUGCAUAUUGACAUUGAAUCACCAACUGUGCAACAUGUUGAAAAUGAUGUACUUGAUGCAAGUGACCUUCCAUCUCAUACUUCACCUAAUCAUGUAACUAAUUCACAUGUUACCAUUCAACCCUCUAAUCCUGAACAUAUAGCCUCCAGCAGACCAUCUAGACCACAUAAAUUGCCCACAUACCUUCAUGAUUAUGUUUUGCCCAAGACUAUGGCUAAACAGUUACAGAAUUCAAAUAUUUCCCUAAAUACUACCUUCUCUAAACACCAACAUGUACCACUUGAAGUCUUGGCACUUGAGAGUCAAACAACGGUAAGAAAUGUCAGUAAUGAUGAUGAACCUUCUUCAUAUAGGGAGGCUGCUAUGAACCAUGCCUGA